AUGUGUAAAAUACAGCCAGAGACGCCUCCCUCCGAGAACUGUUCCUCAGAUCUCGAUCAAGAAACUGUUGCUCACAGCGAGUCUGCCUUGACGAGAGAGCAAGGACUGACAUUUAGCACAGACCUCAAUCUGGUGGAGAUGACUGAGGUGGAAUAUACUCAACUUCAGCACAUUAUCUGUUCACAAAUGGAGGCACAGGCUGAGCAGGAGGGAGCUGUUGAAUCGAGGUUAAACCCCGGCGUUUAUACAACAAGCAGUCUCUCAAGCCAAACUGUCUGCCAACCCCCCAACCCACAAAAUUUGGAGUAUCCAACAAACCCUGCGAAUCCCUCAGUAUAUUGCACUAGCAUCAGCCAGCCAGACCUGGCUUCGGAUGCCCGCUUUAUCACUGCCAAUUCAAAUCACGGACAUGUUGACUUUCAAGAAUUUAAAAUGAUUUUGAUGAGUGAUCCAUCACUCAAUAAUGCUGUAUUAACAGAAAAGACCCCUGCUAACUGUGGAGAAGCACCAGGGACCACUUUAGCUAAAGCAAGGCAUGCUGAAGAUAUGUGUAUAGAACAUAUAGAUUUUCCAAUUGAAAACGCGAAAGCAACCGCUGAAUCGAGACCUAAUCCUGCAGCCCGAGUUCAACUGGAGAAGAUAUUUAAUUGCAUUCCUGAAGUUUCCAGACACCAAGAGCCUCAGGAAUCAUCUGCAGCCUUAAGCAAUUUUUUAACAUUGCUUCAUCAACCUUCGGAGCUGAUUGGGGUAUCUCUUCAGUCACAGCCAGACAAAUGCUACACAAUGUCAAAGCACAAGACAGAUCCAACUUCUGCCACUGUAGAAUUUAGUCACCCACUGUUUGGUGCUAAUAUGUGUAAUUCAGUUGGCAGCUUUAAUGACACAAAUGCACAGAACAUUGGAAGUCUGUCUCAGAUGUUGGAGUCUGCUAAACACCAUGAGUUUGUUAUUCCCAGAAACUUCACUUUCAGUUAUCAGCAAGAAACAGAACCUGCAAAAAAACCAGUGGCAAAUCAAACCCACCAAGUCCUUGAGCACAUUUGGGUUAAGCUAGAAGAAUUCCUCAGACAGAAGACAGUUACAUAUAGUGGGGAAUAUAGUAAUGACACAUGUUUUCAAUCCAUUUUGUCUUGCAAUGAAGAAACUUCACAUAAACAUACAGCAAACAAAUGCACCAGAACCAGAGGACGUCAGGCAAACACAGAGCGGAGAGCUCUCCAUGAUAUUCAAAAUAUACCAGCCAGUCAGCCUACCAGAGCGGCCACCAGCACUCAGAAGAAAAGCAUCCAGGAGGGAGAGAAUUCACAGCGCAGAGAGAGACACAAUUGCAUGGAGCGAGACAGGAGACGGAGAAUUCGCAUUUGCUGUGAUGAACUCAAUAUGCUGCUUCCAUUUUGCACCUCUGAGACUGACAAAGCUACAACACUGCAGUGGACAACAGCAUUUCUCAAGUACAUUCAUGAAAUACACGGAGACAGUCUCAAAAGGGAGUUUGAGGGUGUUUUUUGUGGGAAGACUGGGAAGCGCAUGAAGCUUGGUAGAGCUGAACAAUUUGUGACUUAUGGAGAACAAGGGAAUUCACUGAGCAAUGCAGCUAUAGAGCAAAAAUGAUACAU